AUGCGCUACUACUGGCAACUGCUCAUUAAGCAUGAUAUACAUAGAAUGUCAUCCCGGCGCCAAUAUUCUAGUUGCGACUCAUGUCGCCGAUUGAAGCGCAAAUGUGUCUAUGAAGAAACCACUCGUCGUUCGGGACUGGUAUGUCUCCGCUGCAAGGAGCUGGGCUACAAUUGCACUUUCGACUACAUCUCAGCACGUUUGGAACAGAAGAAGAGGAAACGUCAUUCCACUGCUUCCGAUUAUAAAAACUAUCAGAGUCAAUCGACAGAGCUGAUGUCCAUCGGAGAGCCCGUUGACACCAUGGACUGGAUUUCGGUUCUUCAACCUUAUGACGGAGAUGUUUCCAUUGAGUUUGACGACUUAAACAACGAUAUAGCGGCUGAAUAUCUCAAUUUGGAAGGUCUCGAUCGAGAAUGGCAAGAUCUGACGAUGGCUGGAUGUGCUCAAUCGUCGAUCUUGGACACAAAUGGUAGAAGUAGUGACUAUACGUUGCAAGUUAGUCCUAAGCCGAAAAAUUCGAAUUAUUCUGGCCCUAGAAAACAAAUCGAACGAGCCCAGCUUUUCGCCUCUUGGAAGGGAAGCCCAACACAACUGCUCAACUCGACCUUCACAGCAAGGUCGCUAGGAACAUGUCUUUACCAUACUUAUGCCGCCAUGAUGCAUGGAAUGGAGUCAAGAUAUCUGGAAUACGAAUGCAAUCCAUUCGGUCCAACUCAUAGAUAUAAAUUUGAUUUAGAGGAUGUAUCGCUGGUAAUCGAAGACAACCGCCCUUUAAACGAGCUUCCCGGUCCAAGGAAAACAGACUCUCCUACUAUGAGCACGUUGCAAAGUUUGCCAGCUCUGAAACAGAUUCAUGAAGAAGGUUUAAAGCAAGACACACCGCUUGAGGAUACGAUCAAAAUCACAUUCGUUGGCUUGGCCAAAUUCUUGGAUCACUUUGGGCACUUUUAUGGGAACAAACUGGAUCGGCGAAGUAAGGCAGAAGAUGAACGUAUGCUGAUAGCAGCCCAGCAAGUUUUUGCACUUCAAUGGGCAGUAGAAGGGUCACGCGAGAAAGACACAUCAUUUCCAAUAAUUCAUAGAUCAGAUGGCUCCUCUACAGAGGACCUUCAUGCAUUUGCCAGCUCGUGGUUCAAAGCACGGUCUCUAAUUCUGAAUGCUACACCUGGCUGCUCUUUUACGCGUGUAUAUGCAAUGAUUCUCUUCCACACCUGUGUUGCUCCAGAAGAGGCCAAAGAGGUCGCAGGUCAAUUGAAUAAUAUUCUCGAUCGAUGUCUCCAUCAGUUCGAGGAUCUUAAAAGUAUGGUGGACGAGUAUACUAAGCUGUUGAGCAGCACCUCGACUUACCGGAACCUGCUUCAGUCCUCUGUCAAAGCCUUUCAAUGGUUUGCAUAUAUCAAGGAUACUUUUGCUGCCUUACUUACCGAACGGGAUCUUAUACUCACCGAAAAUCCGCUUAACUUAUCUGCGACUGGCUUGCGACUCACCCCYCAGCCUGUAGACAAUUUGGUGGAUGCGGAUAUACCGUUUGUCUGCCAGCGAGCCGUUCUUCUCAUUUACCGGAUAUUAAGGCAGACUGCUAAAGUUAAGCAGUUUGUACGUGAUAUUGCAUCCACUGAAGAUUCACCUCAGCUAGACGGUACUUUGGACUAUGCAAUAGGCUUCGUCGAGGAGUUCAAUCAUACAUAUGAUGACUUCCUUAACCGAUGCAUGGCUGACUUUCAAGCCCUGUCCUCACCAUCCAGACUGUCUUUUGGUUAUCUGGUUCUGUUUUGGAGCCUAGGGACCCUGACUCUAGCCGAGUCAAUUGAGCGAGUACGUUGCAGUUACUUACGACAAGGAACCAACAUCGGAGAAUUUGCAAUAGGCAAAGGAAAACAGUACGAGUCGGCUGCAAUUUCGUCGGUUAUCGCGAUUUCAAAACACAUCGCUGAUAUGUCAGCUGAAAAUGCGUCCAUCAGCAUCUCCGGCGACUCGGGGAUGAAGUUACCAUUCAUUUCACAUCACGCGAGUCUUGCGCCCAUUGUGGCUGUUUUGAGUAAGAGUAUUAAUCAUAUGCUUCAACGUGUCAUGGACAGCGAGAACCCACAUGAUGGUGCCCACUGGAUGCUAUCAAUCAAACCUGUGCUCACUUGUCUACUCGAUAUGAGAUCAACGGUGGCAGGAUCCCGCUCUAUUCAGUCUCCGCUGAGCAGGCUAGUAGCUUCUCAUGGAGAUCUUAUAAUGGAGUGUUGGACUGUUGAUGAUCCUAAUGAGUUGCUCGAUUUUCCCCUGAGUACUUCUACGUAA